CUGUGGAAGAGGAACCUGCUUUGUUCUGCCCCCUUGUGCAGCACAGAGGAGUCAGACGGCAACGCCAUCGUCACAACGCAACACACCCUUCAGUGGUGCACCUGUGUUUUAAGUGUCAGGAGACAGACAGCGUUUAAUGCCGGCUCCUUACAGCAUCCAAAGGACCUGAGCUACAAACAAGAUUUGUGACUUUCAGCAUAAACCCCUCUCAUCCCAUGAGACUCGUCGCAUUAUGAGAUCACUCUACUUAUUCCUACUGGUUUACCUACAGGGCAUCUUCACUGCAGGUGGAUCACAUGCACAAAGAAAUACAACAUGUUCAACAGAAGCAUGUGGUCCGGUGCCAGAUACAACCUCACACUUUCUCCAGUGUGUGGGACUGCCGUCAACAGACACAGGGCCAGACCACAUGCACAGGCUGAAAGAAAUGCUUGAAGCGACGAUGGAUUUGUACACCUUCAUGAGAACCAGUGUGAGAGGCGUUCCAUUUCUGAGCCUGCAGGGGGAGCUGGAAUUAAACUGGAAGGCAGACCCUCUUCAGAACGAAGCCCUGGUCCAGAUGUGGCUGGAGGUGAAGAUCAAACCGCUGCUGAAAUCUGUCACCAAACAGUUCCUGACCUGCCUGAGCACCAAGAACUUCAGUUGCUCCACCUACCAGACUGUAGUGAAGGAGCUCAGUCACCAUUAUUCUGAGAUGCAUCCAGUCAGACAAAAGUGGAUCUACAUGUUCUUUAUGUAUCCCUUCCUGUCUGGAGACAGAGUUGCUGGUUGUGUGAAUCCAAGUGAGAGCAGUGAGGAGUGGCUGAUGAAGAAUUUUGGUUCAUUCAGAGCCAUGGCUCGAAUGAAGGACUUUUCAACACUCAACAUGGUCUUCAGUGGAUUGAAGGUUCUUCACCUGUUGUCCCCAGAACAAAAGGCUGAGCUGCUUAUGAGGCCUGAGGUCGCAGGUUUAGACAACGGCACCUUAUCCCUGGUCUUCCACAGUUUGAUGACAGGGGGCUCUGGCCCUCCACCCACCGCUGGUCCUGGAUGGGGCCACAGUGGGACAACUACUGGAUGGAACCAGAACUGGACGACUCCUGGAUGGAACCAGAACUGGACGACUCCUGGAUGGAACCAGAACUGGACGACUCCUGGAUGGGAUCAGAACUGGACGACUCCUGGAUGGGAUCAGAACUGGACGACUCCUGGAUGGAACCAGAACUGGACGACUCCUGGAUGGGAUCAGAACUGGACGACUCCUGGAUGGAACCAGAACUGGACGACUCCUGGAUGGAACCAGAACUGGACGACUCCUGGAUGGGAUCAGAACUGGACGACUCCUGGAUGGAACCAGAACUGGACGACUCCUGGAUGGAAUCAGAACUGGACGACUCCUGGAUGGAAUCAGAACUGGACGACUCCUGGAUGGGGCUACAACUAUACGAGCCCCAGAUACCCAACUAUCUCACCCUCCUAUCCUCCAGAACCUACAUAUAAACCAUACCCACCAUCUCCACAGCAUGCCCUGAAAGAGGUUGCAGAGGGAUUUAUGAUGGCUUUCAAACCUAUAUCGAGCUUCGUUCAUGACUUUGUGGCCUUCACUGAAGAGAGGGAUGUGUCAGAAAUAAGAAGCACUACUUUGACUCAGUUUCUGCUCAACUGGACUCUGGCUGAACUGGCAGACAUGUAUCGGCCACCAAACAAAACUGCACUUCCAGAGAUACCAAAGUUUGACGUAACGAAUGUGGAGGACUGGUACCGACAAGUUGUGAUGCCACUGUUGCGGAGGUUCUUGCCUGAUGACUCAAUGCUGAUGCAUGAAAACAUCACGCUCGCUUUUCACAAAGUGUUCUACUUGGAUCAUGGUAAGGGCAACGAAUCCUCUGAAAUCCAGGAUGUCUGUAGCAUCACCCUUGAUAAGAACCCUUGCGCGCUGACUGAUACAGUGAAAAAUGUGGCCCAUGUUUUGCACUGCGCUGCUCGCACCAACCUGACAAUGAAUGAGGAGACGGUUAUGAGGCUGAUAGAAGAGCUGACCAAGCGCCUGAAUUCACUGAUCAGAGAGUUGGCCACAGCAAACUUCACGGAGGUGGCGCACGACUUUCAUCAGAUCUUUCGUGAGCCAGAGUCUCCGUCUCUGACCCAGGAACACCUAGAGGACCCGGACUUCAUCAAGCUCUGGUUCAAAGUCAAACUACUGCCCCACCUGCCCGACAUUCACCCAGACCUCCUCUCCUGCCUCAGCACCAAGAACUUCUCCUGCCCUGUUUACCAAACCAUUGUGGCAGAUUUGGGCAGACACGUGGCUGCGAUGGAUGCUGAUCCGAUGUACAGUGAAAACAUCUACGAGCACUUCAUCUAUCCCUUCCUGCUGCAUCACAACACCUCUGACCCGCAGUGCGUCUCUUCAGCCAUUGACAGCACAGAAUGGCUAAAAAAUAAUUUUGGUUUCUUCUCAAGAUUCGCCUCCGUCAUUAGCUUCUACCAGCUCAACCCACGUUUCUCUGGACUGAAGAUUCUUCGUCUUCUGUCUCCAAAACAACUGGCAGAGAUGCUGCUGCUGCCUCUACCUACUCCACCUCAGAAAGACGUUGUUAUCGAACAAGUGUUUGACUUCUUCUUGGACUCACCUGAGCUCAGGAAGUUACCAGAGGUCCUGCACUUUGCGGUCCAGCUCGCUGCAGAGGUCAAUCCUCCCUGCGAGGUCUACACACAAAUUUUGGAGCGACUGUACAAAGUCAUACCAGCUCUGCCUCCAGGCGUGGAACCUGCCAUUUGGCCUGCCGUUGACGACCUGAUAAAUGUUGCACCAUUAGCGUGUGUGCCCGACAACCUCACGUGCCCAGUGACCCAGUUCAAUGAAACUAAGAUCUGCAAGGGAGUCGACAGUUCUGAUCUACAGUCCCACUUCAACACAUCCAUGCAAGUUCCCUGCAACAUUACCCUGGAGAAAUAUGCUUGUGCACAGCUGGAGAACUUCACAGCAGAUCAGCUGGUGUCGCUCAUGAAGUGCAAUCUGUCUGGAAACAGCAGCCACUCCAGAGUCCUGUGGAAGAUGCUGCUCACUAAAGUCUCCUUGGUUUUGGUCCCAGCUCUGGACCUGCUGGGUGACAUGUCCACGCCUGUGGUUAUUCCGUCAGCGGUGGAGAUUUUGGAUGUGAUUGGAGAGGUGAGAUUGGUGAGGCUGACUGAUGAGCAGCUGAUGAACAGCAGCGUGAUCAGACUGUGGUUCUCUGACCGUCUGGGUGGCUUCUUGCCGUCUGCGUCAGGAGGUUUUCUGCGCUGUUUGAGCAACAAGAAUCUCAGCUGUCAGUCAUACCAGCAAAUACUGCAGGUGUUCGUCCAGCACCUUGAGAACAUGACUUUAAAACAGCAGCACGUGGUCUUGAAGAAUUUCAUCCUCCGUUUCCUGCAGCAGCCACGCUCAGACCCAGGCUGUGUGUCUGCCUUCAACAGCACUGCAGAGUGGCUCAAGAAGAAUCUGGGUCCAUUUUCAGUGUUGUUGUCGCUCAAAGAGCUGCUGGACCUCAACCCACAAUUCAACCCUCUGGAGGUCAUACCUCUCCUGACUCCAGAGCAGAGUGCAGAGCUGGUGCUGCUGCCACUUCCAGAAAAAGACAUCAUUAUCGACACACUCUUUGAUUACUUCACCGAGUCUCCAAACAAGAAGAAAUUCUCAGAGUUCCUGUCUUACCUCGUCAAAUUCAGUCCACAGGGAAACUUUUCAUGUUCAUCGUACAGGACAUUGUAUACCAGACUGGAUUUGGCCAUGGCUACAGUUUCAUUACAAACAGCUUCAGCCAUCACAUACUCCAAAAUGUCCUUAUCCAAGCACAUACCACCUGGCUGCAUCAUUUACAGCACACAGUGCAAUGUGACCAUGACAAACGAAACAGAUAUCUGUGUCGGAGUGAACAGCACGAAGCUUCAGCUCCUCCUCGACAGCGCAAAGAUGAGUGGACGUUUCUGUGAAUUUUCUGUCGAGGAACUGGCCUGUGCUUCGCUGUCAGCGCUGAAAGCACAGGACCUGGCAGAGAUGCUGAAGUGUAAUCGCUCCUCCAGCUCGAGUGGCUCCAGACCCGUCUGGAAGCUUCUCCUCUCUAAAGCCUCUCUGGUGCUGGAUGAAGCUUUGGAUCUUCUCACCAACACGACUCUGAACCCGAAGAAUCCUGCAGUGUCACUGGUUCUGAACGCCAUACGAGAAAUCCGGUUUGACAACAUCAGCCUGUCCAGCAUCAAUGAUCCUGCCCUCAUCCAGCUGUGGUUUAACCGCCGCCUGCUCCCUUUCCUGUCCGCUGUCUCUCCCGACUUCCUCUCGUGUUUCAUCACGAAGGGUUUGAACUGCAACACCUACCAGUACAUUGUGCAGACUUUGACCCGCCUGCAGCCAAACAUGACGCUUGCCACCCAGAUGUCUGUCUACACACACUUCAUCAAGAUUUUCCUGACCAGGAACAACACUGCAGACCCAUCCUGCAGUUCAAACAUAAACAACAGUGUACAGUGGCUGCAGAGGAACCUGGGAGGUUUCUCUGUCCUCGUGCCCUUCAGCGACAUCCGGAUGCUCUACCCCAGCUUCUCAGCGAUGGAAGCGCUGUCACAGCUGUCAGUCAGACAACUAGCACACCUGUCCUCCACACCUGGCCAGCUCACCUCUGCUCAACAGGUCAACAUGGUGCUGAAUCACGUCCCCAACCGCCUUCUCACGGCCUUUUUUGAUGAUUACUCACCGGCUAUCAUGGGUCAUGAAAACAUGUUCCCGUCUCCGGUGAGGUCAGCCAUGUUACAAGCCGUGUUCGAUCGAGCCAAUCUCUCCAAUCCUUCAGUGAGUGAUCAGGAUGUUUUGCGGUGGCUCAGAAACCGGCUGCAACCGCUGUUGUUCAACCUGUCGCCGUCUCACGUCGCACCGUUCUUCGGAAUACUGACAGGAAGGAACUGCAGCACCGAGCAGCAGGGUGUAGAGGACCUGAAUCUGACCAUCUCAACACUCAGUGGAGACACUCUGAAACAAAUCCACAAUCACAUCACUGAGACUCUCAAAGGCUCUGAACCUCUCCGUUGCUAUGGCGACAACUACAACCACAGUUUCUACAGUUUCGUAGAGCGUUCAUUCCUGGGAUUCCAGUUCCCCAACCUGACCGCCUUCCUGUCACUCAUGCCUCACGACAGAAUGCAUCUGCUGGUGAACUCCAUCCCUGUAUCAGAUGUUGGCGAUUUCCUCCGUCGUCCAGAUGUUGUCGACAACAAUGCAGAGCUGUGUGCGCUCUACCAAAACUACAACCUGAUACAGAUGCUCCUGCAGAAGGAGUCUCUCCCGGAGGUGGUGAGGCUGCCCACUCUGGAGUGCGUCUGGCCCAUAGCUCUGAGCAGCUCCAACAGGCCAGAUGUUGAAAUGUGGUUCAGCAAAAGCCUCACACGCUUCUACCCGUUGCUCAGAAAGGAUAUGAUCGGCCCCAAUGUCACACACAACGCCUCCUGCUUGGCCUUCCAACAGCUGGUUAAAUUUCUAGGCGAACAUAACUCCACUGCUGCAGACUUUACAAGGAAAGACGUGUUCAUGACCAUCAGGGAUUACCUCAACUCAGAUACGGUGCCAAGGUGUUACAACAACAGCAACCCAGAGCUAAACUCCACUGCUUGGUUUGUCGAGUACAUUGGCCCUUUCAUGCCUUUUCUCACUCUGGAGGUUCUUCAAACGUUUGGAUCUGCAGAGGAUCUCCAAGUGUUCACCGUGAACCUUGAGAACAUCGCGCUCCUCAACCACUCCGUCUUACCUCAGAACCUCACCGACUACUACACUCAGCUUGUGUAUCAAGAGGACAGCAACUUCAAUCCUUUGCUUCUUCCCCUGCUGUGUCGGUGUGUCGCUCCCGGUCUGGCAUUCAGCCAGCUGACUGCAAAUCAAAGUAUGAUGCUUCUUCCUGACCUCACCAGGCUCUGUGCAGACCUGGACCCACAGGUCGCUGCUGCUCUGGCCGGUAACUUUGGUGACAAAAUUGAUGCCUCAGCCAUUGCUACCCUGGGCAAUGAAAGCGUCGGCAUAUCCACAGGACAGAUCGCGAGAAUAAACCCUCAGGACCUGUUUAAAGCCCUUGGAACUCUCCGCCUUGUGAUGGGGUGGAACGAAGGUCAGGCCAGAGCCAUCAUCCAGGCUCUGAUGUCCUCAGGGAUGAUGCAGAUCAACAGCUCGUCAUCACUGUUCAUGCUGGGCUCUCUCAUUGUGGGUGUACCCACCAAAGUGUUCAAGGGCAUCAGCAUCUCCCAGCUGCUCACUGCAUCCAAAAACACUUCAGUCCUGGCACAGCUGAUGUUGGCGCCACCGAUUGUCCAGCAGACCUUUGUUACUCAGAUCAUAUCGGUGAACACCAACAGCGAGCAGAUCAUACAGAACAUCCCAGAUGAGUUGGCCACUGAGAUCCCUCGAUCUCUGCUUCUCGGCUUCUCAAAUAACAGCAGCGUUCUCACCACAAUCAACAAGAAGAAAUGGAAACGGCAGCAGGCUGAGUUGUUCUUCAGUGUAAUCGCCGCGGAAACUGCAACAGCACAGCUGGGAACUCCGAACAAUUUGUCGUCCUCUGUGUUGCAAGGGUUCACAUGCACCGGAGUGAGGACGAUUCAAAGGGUGCAAAUCAAGAGGUUGGUCAGAGCCUGUCGGAGGAGAGGCAGGAACAAGGUCAAGCUGGUGGAGACUCAGCUGACCUGCAUGUACAACUACAUUAGAGUGGAUCCAGACGCCACCAACUUCACCGUCUACCCUCCUGACAUGCUGCUGUACUACGAUUACUCACUAGUGCCACAGGCCAGCUGCAGGUCUUAUUUUGAACAGCUGGCAGAUGCAGACUUCAGUGUCUUCUCCUCGGCCCUCAGCUACAAGCGAACUGAUCUGUUUGAUAAUGCCAGGAGCUGCCUGGCUAUAAAAAACACCAGCUUGACUGGGGACAAUAUAUCGGUUUUGGGGAACAUGUGUUGCACUCUGGAUGGGUCCUACAUCCAGAACUCGGAUCCGUCCAUCCUGGAGAAACUCAAGAACUGCCCUGAAAUUACUGACGCUCAAGCAGCUGCUGUUGAAACCCUGCUGAGUAGCGGAAAUACACAAUGCGGUGCUCCUUCAACAUGGAAUGAGCAAACCCUGAGGGACCUCGGGAUGUUACCGCUGUAUUUGAAGUCCACCUUCUAUAAAAACUUCGACAAAAAAACAAAGCGCAUGUUCUUGAAGUUCUUCCUGAAAGUUUUGAGGAACAACAAAGUGGACAGAUGGAAGAGGAGGAGCAUGAAGAGAGAAAUAAGACGGUCCAAUAGAAUGAAGUCAAAGCGAUCUAUAGGCAGUGAAUGCACUGUUGGAGAGAUCACCCAGGUGACUAUCAGCGCUGAAACGUUCCCGUUCGACUAUGACGAUAUAAACCAGUUCAACUGCUGCCUCACAGCCAAAACUGUCCAAGACAACCUCGAUGCCAUCACUGAGAAGGUGGAUCAGGAGGAAUACCUCCAGAUUGUUCUCAGCAAGUUGCAAGAGGCUUAUGCUGCCAACUCUAGCAUCCCAGAAAGUCAAGUUCAGCUCUUAGGCCCAGCGUCCCGUCUAGCCACCGCUGAAUAUAUCAACAAGUGGAUAAUCACUCAGAUUGACACAUUGGCUGCCUUGAUGGACCUAUCAGAUGGGGAGUGGGACCCAAACCUGGCUAAAGACAUCAUCACUAAGUAUCUGAGUACAGAAGGGAACACACUCGGCAGUGCAGAGCUGAACGCCAUUGGAGGACCAAACCUGUGUUCCCUGGAUGCAGAUGUUCUGAAGAACAUUUCUCAGCAAAGCCUCAGAGAUGCUGAUGCCCUGAAUGUGUCCAACUGCACCAAAGAGAAAAAGCAAGAACUCUUCACCAUUGCCAGACAAGCAUUUAGUGGAGAUACUCGCUCAACUGUCUCCGUUUCCUCUUACCAGCUUGUACAACCUUACAUGGGGGGUGCAACUUCAGACUAUGUCAAGAGUUUAGUGGCUGCAAAUGUCAGCAUGGACCUGCCUACCUUCACCAAUAUGGAUGAGACUGUUGUUCUGAAUCUGACUGUUAGUGACGUUCAAGGCCUUCUUGGCACCAACUUGGCAGAUCUGAAGUCCUACGAAAACCAAACACUGGUACAGAGCUGGGUCAGCAGGCAGUCCCAGACGGAGCUAGACACACUGGGUAUCGGGCUCGAAGGAGGCAGGGUUGACCCGACAGCCUCCACCGUCACUACCACUGCCUCCAGCUCUUCUGGCACCACCAUCAACUCCACUGCUACUACAGCUGCCACCGCAUCCCCAGCAUCAACAGCAGCCACCUCUGCAACAACAACCGCUGGGUCUGGAUCCAGCAGUUCCACAUCGGCUUCCUCUACCACCACAGGUAAUGGUAACGGCAUCCGUGCAGACGCUGGUUUCUCUCUCCUUGUUCUCCUCGCACUCCUCAUCACUUCUCAACACGCUAUAAUGUGAAGAAACUCGACUCACAUAGAUGAUUACCGUCCAAAAUGCUUCAGUGGAUGAGAGAAUAAAGUUAUAUUGGUUUUAUUUAUCACUAAUAGAAGUAAAUAAUGUCAAAGAGAAGGGCAUUUAAGACAUGCAAUAUUUUAUUGUUCAUUAUCAAGAAAAGCUUUCAUGUACAGUAACAACACAGUAGAUGUAAAUGAACUCUCGAUUUCUUCAUCUUUCAGGGAUAAGUUUUCCACAGUUACUUUUAAGGUCAUUUAUUAGAUUUUCUUUUGCUUUUUCCGCUAUGGUUGUUAACAUGAUUAAACAGUUUUAAGGUUCAAAUCUGUGAAGUUUAAAAAUUAAGAAAAAUGAAGGUGACAGUUUCUGUUGUAAUUGUGCUGCUGUAUCCAUUCUGAGAAAGCACUUUCUUUAUGCAGGUUUACCCUGAAAAUGCUCUAUGAGAUCAAUAAUAAAUGCACAUGUGUAUCACUGCAA